AUGUUUUCAUUAAAAUCAUUCAAAAUUUUGGUAAUUAUAUUCUUAUAUAUUUUGUCAAUAGUUCAAGCUUCUGAAAAUCGUAGUAAGCGUCAAUGUAGUUGUAUGCAACAACAACAACCAACUUGUUCAUGUUCUCAAGCAACUCAAAAUGGCUAUACGUCAAAUGUUCAAGUUUCAUGUGGUUGCCAAACACAACCUGCAACAACGACACCUCAAAGUUCUUGUAAUUGUAAUACUCAAAAUAUUAUUAUUAAUCCAAUACAACAAUGUAUGAAUAAUUGUCAAAAUACAUGUCAUGAAACAUGUGUAUCAAGUCCUUCUGUUUCAAAUAAAAAUGCUUGUGCUUCUGCAUGUUCUAAUACAUGUCAAAUUACAUGUAUUAAAUUUUCUAUUCCAUUAGGAGGAGGAUCAGGAACAAGAACAACUACCACAACAACUACCACAACAACACCAUCACCUCAAAAUAAUUUAUUUUUGAUUUCUAUUCAAAAAGUUUCAUGUGAAAAUAAUUGCCAAAAUACUUGUGGUACAAAUAAACAAUGUAAUCAACAAUGUUUAAGUGUAUGUGCCUGUGAAACAAAAUGUCAGACAGGAUGUACUACAAAUAAUAUAGCUACUGUAGAUUCAUGUAUUCCAGCAUGUCAUAAUGCAUGUUUAAGUAGUCAAAAUCAAAAUCAAAUUCAAGUACAAGUUUCAAAUUGUCAAUCAUCUUGCCAAAAUCAAUGUUCUUCAUCAAAUAGUAAUACAUGCCAGUCUCAAUGUAAUAAUCAAUGUAAAUGUCAAAGUGCUUGUAUUAAUAGUUGUACAAGUCAGGAUAAUUCUAAUAAAUAUUGUCAAUCUUCUUGUGAAAAUACAUGUAAUGCUAUUAAUGCUUAUGUUAUUACACUUCCAAAAGCUACUACACAAGCACCAACAAACAAUUGCCAAUCUGGUUGCCAGAAUCAAUGUUAUAAUAAACAAAAUCCUGCAACUUGUAUCACUAUUUGCUUACUACAAUGUGAAUCACAAGGUGGACAACAUAUAACAACAACAACAACUACUACUACUACACCCGCUCCAAUUUCAUAUGAAUGUACUUCUAUUUGUAUUAAUACAUGUAUUCCAUCAUGCAUUCAAAAUACACAACCACAAGUUCAAUCACAAUGUGCUCCAAAAUGUAAUGAUGUUUGUCAAGAUCAAUGUGGUCAAGAAAAUGCUAUUGCAGCUAUAGUUAUUGCUUGUAUACAAACAGUAACUUCAUCGUGCUCAUGUCCACAAAAUUAUUUCCCAUGUGCUGAUAAUACUCAAUGCUGCAGACGCUGA